CUGCAGUCGCAAAUGGUUGUACUAAAUAUAGGAUGGGACUUAAGUUGAGCGGCAGAUACAUUUCUCUGUUCCUUGCUGUGCAGCUAGCAUACCUGGUGCAGGCAGUCAAAGAAGCAAGCAAGUGUGAUGCAGUCUUUAAGGGCUUCUCGGAUUGUGUGGUCAAGAUGGGCCAAAACAUUGCCAACUAUCCGCAAGACCUGGAUGACAAGAAAAAUCUCGAAACAAUCUGCCGAUACUGGGAUGACUUCCACUCCUGCACCCUCACAGCCCUCACGGAUUGUCAGGAAGGGCUGACAGACGUCUGGGAAAAACUGAAAGAGAAAUCCAAAAAGCUCGACUACGAAGGCAACCUAUUUGUCCUCUGCGGCAAAACCAACCGAGCAGCCUCGUCCCUCCUAGCCUCUGCCUCCCCGGUGCUGUUGGUGGCUCUUUCCGCUGCGCUGGCGACUUGCAUCUCCAUGUAGAAGGCCCUUCACGUCAACAGCACGCG